CCUUUUUUUAAAAAAAGAGCAUAUUUUUUUUUUUUUUUAGUUGAAGGCAACUUUCUUACUUUUUUCAUAAAAUACGAUGGCUCCCAAAAAGAAGACACCCGCUCCUAAAAAGGAAAGCAAAGCACAAAAGACACAACCCGUUCAAAAGAAGUCUUUAAAGCGUCGUGCUGUGGAACAAGAAGAAGUAGAGAGCGACCAUGAGGAUUUUGGAAAGGUUGACAUUGACAUGGGAUCGUCUGACGAAGAAGACUUCGUACCCAGUGACAACGAGGACGAAGCAGAAGCUUUCCCCGAAAUUACUCUCAGUGACGAUGACGAGGAAGACUUCCAAGCUGAUAGUGAAGACGUGGAAGACGACAACGACGACGAAAUGGAGGUUGAUUCCGACGAAGAACUCAAUCGCGAACUUGCAGCAGAGGAAGAAGAGGAAUCUGACGACGACAACGAAGAAGAAGAGCAAGAAGCUGGAGAGGAACUUGAAGUAGAGGAAACAGACAAGGACAUUGAUUUCAAAAUGCCUCUUCCUUACCGUGAACGUUACGCCAAGGAAAGAUUACCCGAUAUUGAAGGUAAUUACGACAGUGAUAGUUCAACCGAGGAAACCGAAAACACCAUUGGAAAUGUACCUCUUGAGUGGUACAACGAUUUACCCCAUAUUGGUUACGAUAUUGACGGUAAAAAGAUCUUGAAACCUGCCACAGGUGAUGAACUUGACAAGUUCUUGGCUACUAUGGAAGAUCCCAACUCUUGGAAGACAGUCAAGAGUGAUGUUGAAGGCAAAGAUAUGGUGCUUGAUGAUAGAGAAUUGGAUAUUAUUCAACGUCUUCAAAAGGGUAUCAUUCCUGAUUCCACCUAUAACCCCUAUGAGCCUACGGUGGAAUGGUUCACCUCAAAGACUGAAGUCAUGCCAUUGACCGCUCGUCCUGAACCCAAGAGUAGAUUUGUUCCUUCCAAGUGGGAAGCCAAGAAGAUUAUGAAGAUUGUGCGUGCUAUUCGUCAAGGUCGCAUCGUUCCUCGUAAGCCUAAGGAUGAAAAGCCUCGUUUCUACAACCUCUGGGGUGAUGAAGACACUCCUCGCGAUGAACAUAUCAUGCACAUUGCUGCUCCCAAGAUGAAGUUACCUCAACAUGAUGAAAGUUAUAACCCUCCUGCUGAAUAUCUUCCUGAUGAAGACGAGAUUAAGGAAUGGAAUGAAAUGGAUGAAGAGGAUAGACCCAAGAACUAUAUCCCCAAGAAAUUCAACAGUUUACGUCACGUACCUGCCUAUGAUCAAUUCAUGCAAGAAAGAUUCCAUCGUUGUCUUGAUCUUUACUUGGCUCCUCGUGUUCGUAAGAACAGAUUGAAUAUUGACCCUGAGUCUUUGGUUCCUAAGUUACCUAGCCCCAAGGAUCUUCGUCCUUUCCCUACACAUCAAUCUAUCUCCUACGAAGGUCACACCGCUCGUAUUCGUGCUCUUUCCAUCCACCCUAACGGUCUCUAUGCCAUCUCUGGCUCAGACGAUAACACCUGUCGUCUUUGGGAAAUCUUGACCGGUCGUUGUCUUACCAUGUGGAAGUUCGAUGGCAUUAUUCAUGCUCUUGGUUGGUGUCCUAACCCCGACGUAUGGCUCUUUGCCAUCUCUGUGGGCCAUGGUGAGGUUCACUUGAUCUCUCCCCCCAAGCUCUGUUCCGCUGAACAAGCCAUGAACACGGAUCAAUUCACAAAGUCUGGCUUUGCUAUGCCAAAGGAAGACGGUAAGCAAGCCGUGACCUGGAUUAGAGCAAGUGAGGCUGAUGAGGAGAAAUAUGGUUACAAGGUCCGUAUUCAACACACACAAGCCGUGAAGCAAGUGACAUGGCAUCGUAAGGGUGAUUACCUCGCUACUGUCUCUCCCGAUGCAAAGAAUCUUGCGGUUCUCAUCCAUCAAAUCACAAAACAUCAAACCCAAACACCCUUCAAACGUCUCAAGGGUCUUGUACAAAAGGUUGCUUUCCAUCCUAUCAAGCCUAUUUUCUUUGUCGCCACCCAAAUUUAUGUCCGUGUCUAUGACUUGAUGCAACAACAAUUAAUCAAAACAUUACAAACCAGUGUGAAAUGGGUCUCGAGUAUCGAUAUUCAUCCCGGUGGUGAUAACGUGAUUAUUGGUUCAUACGAUAAGAAGGUGUGUUGGUUUGAUUUGGAUCUUAGCUCAAGGCCCUAUAAAUCUCUCCGAUAUCACGAAAAGGCUGUUCGUCAAGUGACUUUCCACAAGCGAUACCCUCUCUUUGCCUCUUCCUCUGAUGAUGGCACCAUUCAAAUCUUUUACGGUAUGGUCUACAAUGAUUUAUUACAAAAUCCUUUGAUUGUCCCCGUCAAGAUCUUGAGAAGUGAUUCCACAAAGGACGGUCUCGGUGUCUUGAACAUUGAGUUCCAUCCCACGCAACCUUGGUUAAUAUCCGUCGAUGCUAACCAUUCCAUGAGACUCUGGACCUAAAAACUUUUUUUUUCAAAAAAAAAAAUCCUAGAAUAACCCCACACACACACACACACACACACUAUCUUCCCUCUUUUUUUUAUUUUUUAAAACACACUCUCACACACUUAAAUAUAAUAAAAACG